AUGGCUUCCGCUUAUUCUCGAGAUCAGCUGGGCCAAUUCCUGGAUUACACCCAGCUUCCCCGGGAACUUCACCAUGUGCCCCCGUCACUUUCUCUCCUGAGGACCCUGCAUGUCUACAUGCUGGCCGCCGUGCCCUACGAGAACCUCUCACUGCACUACAACGCCACUCACACCAUUGACAUCGACCCCCAGCACAUAUUCCAGAAGAUCGUGGUAAACAGACGCGGCCGAGGUGGCUAUUGCAUGGAGAAUGCCCUCCUUUACAACCACGUGCUGCGUGGUCUGGGCUUUGACGCUUACACGGCAGGCGUCAGAACACGACCGCGGCUGGAGGGCGUGCCCCAAGGAGAUUUCCCUGGAUGGAUACACAUCAUAAGUAUCGUCACCCUGGACGGCAAGAAAUACCACGUCGAUGUCGGUUUUGGCGGCGAUGGCGCGACGAUGCCGAUGCCACUUGUAGACGGCCUUGUUCACAGGAACAUCGGCACACAGGAGAUCCGCCUGAUCCGUGACUGGAUUCCAACGCAGACACAUCGCACCGAGGAGCACAAGCUGUGGAUCUACCAGUACCGUAACGGCGCCGACAAGGACUGGAACUCGUUCUACGCCUUUCCCGAGCUCGAGUUCAUGCCCCUGGACUGGGAAGUUGUCAACUGGUGGACUGGGUCCAGCCCCAAGAGCUGGCAGACCUCUACCGUACUUGCAAUCAAGUUUCUGCGUCGGGCUGGGGAGGACGGGGGGGAGACGAUCUAUGGCAAGCGGAUGCUGGUCAAUGGCGUGGUCAAGGAGAACCUGGGCGGUAAGACGAGUGUGGUUCUUGAGUGCAAGACGGAAGAGGAACGUGUGCUGGCUUUGGAGAAGUACUUCGAUAUUCACCUCUCUGAUGACGAGAAAGAUGGUAUCAAGGGAUACAAGACUGCACUAUCAUAG